AGUGGUUCAAGUUUUUGAGCGGUGGCUGCAGCGGCGCUGGGGGAAAGGAAGCCGGUUGGAGGGAGCUGCGCACCCCUGCUGCGCUGAACUCAGCAGAGGUUACACGCACAAGCAGGCAAGAAUUCUGACGUUCUCAAGAGAUCAGCUCUUCCCCGGGUGGCUCAAAGGACCCUACCAUGUGGAUUCUGCUUCUCCAGGUGGGGACUGGAGUUUUGAAAUAAAAUGGAUGAUUUGACGUUACUUGAUCUUCUGGAGUGCCCUGUGUGCUUUGAGAAGCUCGACGUCACGGCAAAAGUCCUCCCUUGCCAGCACACCUUCUGCAAACCAUGUCUACAGAGGGUUUUCAAGGCCCACCAGGAGCUGCGGUGCCCCGAAUGCAGGACGCCAGUGUUUUGCAGCAUCGAGGCGCUACCGGCCAACCUGCUGCUCGUGCGCCUUCUGGAUGGCGUGCGCUCAGGGCAGAGCUCGGGAAGAGGGGGCUCCUUCCGCAGGCCCGGCACGAUGACCUUGCAGGAUGGCAGGAAAAGCAGGACCAACCCCAGACGUCUGCAGGCCAGUCCUUUCCGGCUAGUGCCUAAUAUCAGAAUCCACAUGGAUGGGGUGCCUCGAGCAAAGGCCUUAUGCAACUACAGAGGGCAGAAUCCUGGUGACCUAAGGUUUAAUAAGGGAGAUGUCAUUCUUCUCCGGAGACAGCUUGAUGAGAAUUGGUACCAGGGGGAAAUCAACGGCAUCAGUGGGAUCUUCCCAGCCAGCUCUGUGGAAGUCAUCAAGCAGCUGCCCCAGCCACCCCCACUCUGCAGGGCCCUCUACAACUUCGACCUACGAGGCAAGGACAAGAGUGAGAACCAGGAUUGCCUCACCUUCCUCAAGGAUGAUAUCAUCACUGUGAUCAGCCGAGUGGAUGAGAACUGGGCAGAAGGCAAGUUAGGAGAUAAAGUAGGCAUCUUCCCUAUCUUGUUUGUAGAGCCAAACCUCACCGCAAGACACCUUCUAGAAAAGAACAAAGGUCGCCAGUCAUCCCGCACAAAAAACCUGUCCCUGGUGUCCUCGUCCUCCAGAGGCAACACAUCCACCCUCCGUAGGGGCCCCGGGUCCAGGAGGAAGGGGCCUGGGCAGUUUUCCAUCACAACAGCCUUGAACACUCUCAACCGGAUGGUCCAUUCUCCUUCGGGGCGCCAUAUGGUAGAGAUCAGCACCCCAGUGCUCAUCAGCUCCAGCAACCCCUCUGUGAUCACCCAGCCCAUGGAGAAAGCAGACAUUCCCUCCAGCUCGGUGGGGCAGGUCAGCACUUAUCACCCCGCACCUGCCUCUCCAGGACAUUCCACAGCCGUGGUCAGUCUGCCUGGCUCCCAGCAACACCUUUCAGCGAACAUGUUUGUAGCCCUGCACUCCUACUCAGCCCAUGGACCCGAAGAGCUGGACCUGCAAAGGGGAGAAGGCGUCAGGGUCCUGGGGAAGUGCCAGGACGGCUGGCUCAGGGGCGUCUCCUUGGUCACCGGGCGAGUUGGCAUCUUUCCAAACAAUUAUGUCAUCCCCAUUUUCAGAAAGACCUCUAGCUUUCCAGACUCCCGAAGCCCUGGUCUCUACACCACAUGGACGUUAUCCACCUCCUCUGUGUCCUCCCAAGGCAGCAUUUCAGAAGGUGAUCCGCGGCAAAGCCGUCCCUUCAAAUCCGUCUUUGUGCCCACCGCCAUAGUCAACCCUGUGAGGAGCACAGCUGGCCCUGGGACUUUAGGACAAGGGUCUCUUCGGAAAGGGCGGAGCAGCAUGAGAAAGAGUAAGUGGUGGCAGAGAGAUGGAUCCCUGCAGAGACCUGUCCAGUCCGGGAUCCCCACUCUCGUGGUAGGCUCCCUCAGACGCAGCCCCACCAUGGUUGUUCGGCCUCAGCAGUUCCAAUUCUACCAGCCACAGGGGGUCUCCUCCUCCCCCUCAGCCAUGGUGGUGGAGAUGGGGCCCAAGCCUGCCCCCACGGGGGAGCCCGCCCUCACGUGCAUCGGCAGGGGCAGCGAGGCCCGGAUCCACUCGGCAGCCAGCUCCCUCAUCAUGGAAGGCAAGGAAAUCCCCGUCAAGAGUGAGCCUUUGCCGAAACCACCUGCGUCUGCCCCACCAUCCAUCCUGGUGAAACCAGAAAACUCAAGAAAUGGCAUCGAAAAGCAAGUCAAAACCGUGAGAUUUCAGAAUUACAGCCCUCCUCCCACCAAACAUUAUACCUCCCAUCCCACUUCUGGAAAGCCUGAACAGCCAGCCACCCUCAAGGCAUCCCAGCCUGAAGCAGCCUCUGUGGGCCCAGAGAUGACCGUCCUAUUUGCCCACCGAAGCGGCUGCCACUCCGGACAACAGACAGACCUCCGGAGAAAGUCAGCUCCUGGCAAGGCCGCAACCCUGGUGUCCACUUCCUCAGCCAUGCAGACCGUGUUUCCCAGCAAAUGAACCUACAAGUGGCUUUUCCUGGACCCCAAAGAGGUGAAUUGCAUUUAAAUACAAUCUGCCUCCACCGAGGGCAUCCUGCCAUUCUUUGGGGACUUGAGCACGGGUCCCUGUUCUUUCUAUUUUACCUCCAGGAAAGGAAAGGCGGGAGCAGGAAUUCCUGCCCUGGGUGGGAAGAGAGACUGGGUGACCUUCCAAACAUACAGACAUCAUGAUUUGAUGCCGCAGAGCUUGCUUACUCAGACCAAGGAGUGAAAAAUUGUUGUGUCCACCUUAUGCCCCAGCAUGGAGUGUGCCUCUUGUCAUUCCCAUGUUACUGUGUAGAAUUUCUAUGGUGUCCUAAAGGGGGCUGCAGCAGGAAUGUGACAAUGGUGGGAUUGUUGGCAUUGCUUCUUUGACCUUGCAGUAUCCUCAGCAAGCAUUAGAACAGCUUCUCCCAUCAUCUGGGGCCUCUAUACCGGCCACAAAAAGAUAGUAGCUGCCAUAUCUUUUUCCCUCUGUAGAGUCAUGAUCCUGGCUGCAAAGGGAGAAUUUCUGCAAGGGUUGUGAGGUGGAUACUUUGAACAUUUUCAGAACCCAAUAAAACUAGGAGUCAGC